UACGGGAGGUCAGUGCACGUCACGCAGUUAUUAUCCGGAGGUGAGAAAUUCGUGCGAAUCUAUCAAUUGUAGGUGAAAUACGUGAAAUUCCUGAGAUUCUCUCGCGGCGGAACAUUGGGAAGUAGCGCGCGAGAGUCUCAGGUAUCGGUGGAGUCGGUUAUCUCCAGGGACCGAUCGCGCGUUCGCCUCGAAUAAACGCUGUUGCGCUUACUUUUUGCGGUUGCAAUAUUUGAACGUGCGAGGUAUCUUUGCCGUGGAAUUGGCGGCGUCCGCUCUCCUGCGGGAGAGACUAAACAGACCGCGCGGCAGGUUAUGUCAGCUGGAUUGGCAGGUGCCGUUUCAGAUCAGCGGAUGAAAGGACAAGCUAACAGUCAGGUAAGCAAUGGUCCUAAGGAGCAUCAGCAGCAGCAACAACAGGCAGAGCAUGCAGGUGGAGAAGACACCGGGUUCGAUUCUUGGAGAGGGGGCAACAAUACUCAGCACCAUUCCAGCUACCCGAUUGGAACGGGCGAUCCCUAUAGCCCUUACUAUGCAGGAACGUCCUUUCCAUACCAGGCAUUUGGAGCCGGUGAUGGAACGUGGUCAAAUGGAACGGAUCCGGUUGCAUUCUUGUCUGGAUACGGGGGACAAAUAGGACACGAUGCUUACGGCAUGGAUGGUAUGUUUUCUGCCAGCGCCGGUGGUGGGUUUGGAACGUUUGGUCAGCCAGCGUUCAAUUACUUCCAUGGUAACGGAGACUACAGUACUUGGGGAACGCCAAGGAAAGCUCGUUACGAGGAUUAUUACCAACAGCCUCGGGGUAACGAGAACUAUCCAACUCCGGGUGGAGCGGAUAUGAAAACUAUAGAACAAAGUGUGCAAGGUUUAUCCCUUGGUAGUGGUGAAAUUCCUAGGCCGGAUCAGCAAGCGCCUCAAAAUCCUCCGCCAAAGGUAGAGGCGAAGGAACCAAGAAAAAUCACAUGGGCGAGCGUAGCGAGCCAACCGGCCAAGCCGGUACCACCGUUAUCGACAUCCCAAGGAAUGAAGAAGAAAGCAGGGAUGCCUCCGCCACCAAUGGUGCCAGGAAAGCACAACAUGGACAUCGGUACCUGGGGAGAAGGAAAGUCAUCGGCGCCACCACCCAAAGCACCACCACCGCCGCAAAUACAACCUCCCGUCCCGCCACCUCCGCCACCCGUUCAAAGACAGAGGCCUCCGCAACAACCGUGCUGGACCAGACAGGCUUCCGCUCCCCCGUCGCCUCCUCAAUCACAAAUUCAGAUUCAAUCGCAGCCACCGCAUCAGCAACAACAUCAUCAACCUCCGCCUGCUACGCAGCAGCAACAGCAGCCACCGCCGCCACCGCAUCAGCAGCACCAACAACACCCACAGCAUCCGCAACACCAGCAGCACCAGCAGCACCAGCAGCAUCAGCAGCAUCAACAACAUCAACAGCACCAACAGCAUCAACACCAGCAGCAGCAGCAGCAGCAACAGCACUCGCAGCAUCAGCAGCAGCAGCCGCAGCCACCGCAGCAACAACCCCAGCAGCAGUCGCAACAACAGUUAGUUCCAUGUGCCCAGGUCCAAUCUCAUCCAGUGUUGGAUGAGCUGAAAGUGAAAAAUGACUACAAUCCCGAAGUGUUUGAUCAAACUGCCCAUGGCGCUAGGUUCUUCGUUAUUAAGUCUUAUUCCGAGGACGAUAUCCAUAGGUCUAUCAAGUACGAGAUCUGGUGCAGCACGGAGCACGGCAAUAAAAGGCUGGACCAAGCGUACAGAGAAGCGAGUCGAGAGGGUGCUCCCUUGUACCUGUUUUUCUCCGUUAACGGAUCGGGCCAUUUUUGCGGAAUGGCCCAAAUGGUUUCACCGGUCGAUUAUCAGAGCAACAGCUCGGUGUGGUCACAGGACAAGUGGAAGGGUCAAUUUCGUGUUCGUUGGAUUUAUGUGAAGGACGUGCCUAACGUGCAGUUGCGGCACAUUAAGUUAGAAAACAAUGAAAAUAAACCAGUGACCAAUUCGCGGGAUGCUCAGGAGGUGCCACACGCGAAGGGAGUUAACGUGCUGCGCAUCCUGCACACUUAUCGUCACACUACUAGUAUUUUCGACGACUUCGGACACUACGAGCGAAGGCAAGCCGAGGAGGAUCAGCGUAAAGCUCCGGUUAACCCCGUUCAGCAUCAUCACCUUCCGAAUCACAGAAACAGGGGACAUCCUUCCGAUCUUCCGCGCGAACAUCACCAACACCAAUAUCCCCACCAGCAGCACCCUCACCAACACUCUCGUAAGGAUCGAGACGGAGGUCGGGGAAGAGGUCGGGGUGGCACGCGCCAGUAGCGACGACCACCCAAUGGGCAUAAUAAAAUUAAAAAUUAUUAACGAUAGUAAUCGACGUUAAGGAAGAACGCUCCGACUAAUUAUCGACUCAUCACUUACUCUCCUUCGCUUCUUUCCGGAAAUAUAAAGGGCUUCUAACCGCUGUGACGGGACUCGAGUCGUCCAGGCUAUUUCCCUUCGUUAAACAAAUAAUUCGUAUGGUAAUUAGCGUUGCGUAAAAGGUCGUAACCACUAUGUUAUUGUAAUCGCUACGAGAAACAAUGAUCGACCGUCAAGAGGUAUACACCUCGGGAUAACCUGCGAACGGUGACGAGUAUACAGUGUGGUGUUGCGUGCGACUCGUCGAGAGGUGUUUUCGUAAAACGUACAAAUUAAUAAAAAAAAAAAAGGAACAUACAAAAGAAACUCGAGAAUAAUACGGGACGACGAUAACGAGAUGCCGAACGAUGGAGAAAAACUUUAACUACGUGGACUAACCCCCCCCCCAGUAUGAAAUGCUUCAACGUACUUUUGUUGAGAAUGAAGAAAUUCUAUGCGAGAACCAUAUUAUGCGCAAGGGUCGUUUGAAUCGAUUACGACGCCGUUUGAAACUUCAAUGGACAGAUAAUCCGGUGCCUGCGAACGAAGGAGCCCGCUUUUCUUAACGCGGAAUAAGGUGCGCGGGCUCGCCACUAAGUUUUACGUUUAUCAGGAUGUACUACCGCUCGCGAUCUGUGGAUAAUAACGGAAAAUUAUUGUCAGCUGGUUAUUUUAAACAUAUUCUAUUGUCUAUUGCGAAUUAUAUAUAUAUAUAUAUAUAUAUAAUAUUAUCUAUUAUUGUAUUAAUCAUGGACCGCAGUAAAUGAUUUAAGAUUAUUAUACAAGAAAAAGGAAUAACAGUGAAGUUACUCUGCAGUAACUUGGAUGACGAGGACGACGACGCCGGCGAGGAAUAUUAUUAAUAUUAUUAUUAAUAUUGUACCAUUUGAUGAGAAUUUCAUGAGACAUGAUUCUUAUUGUUAACGAUACCUGUUAUUGUUUUUCUUUUUAGAACGAAGAUUGGCGGGCUCUAGACUCGGAUAAUCAUCUCGGAAUUAGGAUUUCUCCGGGUCGGUAGUUUAUGCGUCUCUUCCGAUGUGUGAACGAGUGGAAAACAAAAAAGAAAUGAACAUUGUGAAUUCAUCGCUUGGA